AUUCCCGCCGAAAGCAACAAAUGACCAACGGCGCAUCAGAUUCUUCCCAGGUGUUUUCCAGUGUUCCACUGUACAUUUGAAAUACCGUUUCAAGCAUGACAAGAUUUUUCUGAUAUAACUGGUAUGAUAAAAUAAUAAAAAUGAGUCAUUUUCGGUCUCCGAUGCGAUGUAUUUCUCCUAAUGCAAGAGUUUUGGCUGCAAAACCUCAAGUGGAACAAACACUAGACAUAAAACAGGCACAAAAUAAAGCGAGAAACAGCAUCACGUGGUUCUUCGUUAAUAGUUCUUUACUAGGAAUUCUAAUUUUUGACAUAUUAUAUGGAGGUGCAGCAUAUAAACCAUUUUGUUGGGCUGAAUGGUGUUUAGCUUCAAUAUUUGCAUUAAAUGCUUUUUACCAUAUAAUGCAAUAUACAUGGGCAAGUAUUACAGUACGACCAAUUUCAUUAAGUCCCAAACAAAGACGUCUGUUAGGUGUAUCAGAGGAUGAUCCGCUUUUUAAGAAUGAACUUUUGUCACCCCAAAAAAUAUCUGAAUCAGCAUCUCCUUUAAAUUUAUCAUGCAUAAGUUUAAAUAGACGUAUGACUUCUUUGGGCUCUUCCGGAUUAAGUGAAUCUAAGGACUUUUCAUCGUCUAGUCAAUUCUUCAAAUACGGCAGUCCAACAUCACAAAAGUCUGCACCUAGUCCUAAUGGAUCGUUCAACAAAUCUUUCAAUAUUUCGACAAAUGGAAAUCUGACUGGAGAGGAUUUGAUUCAGAGUGAAAGAGAAUUACAAAAUUAUUUAGAAGAAACUCAUCAAAGGAAACAUGUUUUGGCAACAGAUAUUGAUCAGCCCUCCAACUUACUUAGCUCAUUCUGGUCACAUCCAGCAGUCAGAAGCCCUGGGGAAGUUUCUCCUUUGUUAAGAAGAUGCGCGUAUCAAUUAGCGCCUAUCAUUGACAAAUCAAAAUCAACCAGUCCUGGUACCGAAGAAGGAAAUUCACCUAGGGGUAUGUUCGGUACUUCGGACGUUUGGAGAAAGUACAGAAUCGAUUCAAGCAAAGUGAACGAGUGGACGGCCAAUCUUCGUAUGUGGAUCAGUAAAACGGUCGUCGAACGAGUAGCUACCGAAAUUGAUAACGUUUGCGUGGCGCUUGUUCGUCACGGAUUGAGUGAUUCUCAACCAGGCUGCGUUGAAUUGGAUAGACUACGGAAACUUGCCCAAGCACCGUUUCUGAUCUCCGCUAUCCCAACUUUACCAACUUUGGUGCCUUUCUUGGAACUUUCCAAUAAUCAGGAGUAUCUCGUAAAAAGAAUAAAAACUCUUGCGAAAGGCGGUUCCAUGAGUGAAUUCAAAUGGAACGGUGGAGGAUCGUACAAUGGAAAAGAAUGGGAUUCUAGUUUACCGACCGAUUCAGCGAUAAUUAUGCAUUUAGUAUCAACGUACAUGGAUACGCAACUCGAGGCCCCUCUAGACCAACCAGAUGCGCGACCGUUUACGUCGAGAUAUAUGGCCAAAGCCGGGGUGACGUUACCGCGUAGUAAAGGACCCAUAAUAGUGUGUCAAUCUAUAAAUCCACCGCAUUAUAGUUUAGCGCAUUCUGGAGAUUCGUCGCCAAGCGAUUACGAAGAAAUGCAACGUGGUAGAAACAACUUAUUUCAUACUCUUCUGUUGUUUCUGUAUAUCGUUAAGACGAGAGAUAGUGGUAUGUUAGGUCGCGUUAGUUUAGGAACAUCGGGUAUAAACGUUCUAUGGGUAAUAGACAAUUGAAUAUUCCGUAAUGUAUUGACAAUAUUCGAUAAUGCAACAGCAUGAAAAUGUUUCUUCAAUUAUUACAUUUUCAAUCGUAACUUUAACAAUUCACUCGUUCGAUAACGAUUCUUUUGUACGCAACGAAAUUGAAUGUUCAUUGAAAAAUUUUUUACUUGUAAUAAUUAGUGAAAUUAUAAACAUUGUAACAGCGACGUUGAUUGAAUAAAUGAUUGAAAAGUAAAAUUAAAUAAAAGAAAGUAAUUUAUUUGUUUCGAUACUACGAACGUUUUAUUCACAGUACUUACGUCUAUGUACAAAUAAAUCAUAAAUCAUGAUUUGUAUAGAUCGAAAUUGUCAUUUACCGACAUGUUGUAACAUGAUGCAGCAUAUGACCGGUUUUUUCUUCAAGAUUUUCGUAAUUCCUUCCUUACGCUUUACAAAUAUUAAAGUGUAGUUAUUAAAUGUGCACGCGUACACGAAA